AUAAUUACAUAAUGAUAACGUACGUGCAGUAUUAACACUGACGCUAUAAUCAAUUCGCUUGAGUAUCGUAAGCCGGUUCUCUGUAUUCAUUCCAUUAUUCGCAGGACGCGAGAAAGACGUAUUAUAGGUGUCAUCGCUCGACUAUUGGAAACUCACAUCUGUGUAAAUAUCGUCAUCCAAUAUGGUGAAAGCGCGUAAAUACGUCGUCAAGAAAUACUUCGAUGGUGUACCGAAACGUGAUGACUUCGAAAUAGAGGAAUAUGAACUACCACCGCUGAAGGACGGCGAAAUACUUAUCAAAGCCGAGUGGGUCAGUGUGGACCCCUACCUGCGGGCCUACAACAGGUUUAACAAAAUUCCUUACGACCAGUUCAGUUUUCAAGUAGGAAAAGUAGAAGAGAGCAAAGACCCAAACUAUCCUGUCGGCACGAAAGUAGUCACUCACAAAGGAUGGUGUGAUUACUGUAUCGUUAAUCCCAGCUUGCCUACGGCUCCCGGACAAAGUAUCUACAAAAUGCCCGAUAUGCAAGGCCUUCCUGAAUCCCUGGCUGUCGGAGCUAUAGGAAUGCCUGGUGUGACCGCGUACUUCGGAUUCUUAGAAAUUUGUAAGCCGAAGCCUGGAGAAACUGUCGUGGUGACUGGCGCUGCAGGUGCGGUCGGUUCGUUGGUUGGACAAAUCGCAAAGAUUAAAGGUUGUAAAGUAAUCGGAUUUGCUGGUUCUGACGAUAAGGUGCAAUGGCUUGAACAAGACCUUGGUUUCGACAAAGCAUUUAACUACAAAACCGUAAAUGUAACUGAAGCUCUUAAACAAGCGGCUCCGAACGGAGUUGAUUGCUAUUUUGAUAAUGUCGGAGGAGAAAUUAGUAGUCAGAUAUUAGGUCAGAUGAAUGUCUUGGGGAGAAUUUCUGUAUGUGGAAGCAUCAGCUCGUACAAUGAGGAUCCUGCUCAGAUGCCGAAGGCCACAGUAGUGCAACCAGCCAUGGUGUUCAAGCAGUUGAAAAUGGAAGGGUUCCUUGUGUGGCGUUGGGACGGAAGAUGGCCUGAGGCAUUCGCUCAACUUACUGACUGGAUCAAAUCCGGCAAAAUGAAGGCGCGCGAACACAUCUCCGAAGGUUUCGAAAAUCUAUAUGAUGCUUUUGUUGGCAUGUUGGCUGGUAAAAACUUCGGCAAAGCUGUUAUCAAAAUCUAAACUUUUUUGAUUUCAAUAAAAAUAUGUGUUCGCUUUUUAUAAGUUUAUAUAAAAAUAUUCUUUACAUGCAUACAUAGCUGCCCGCCUUUUUCCCCUUUUCAAAGGUAGGCGGAGUUGUAAUACAUCCACAUUUCGCUAACACACAUUGUAUAUUUUUUAUUUAUGUUGCAAGUGAUCUUUAUAUACACCUUAAUAAAUGUUAAAAGACAUGCAAUGUUACCUUCUUUCCAAUGCAUGUUUUUAUGUUUAUAUACACAAAUUUUUUGGGCCGAUUUCUCAAUAAAUGAAAUAUUUAAAUUGAAUA